AUGGCUGCCAGCGCCGCAGCACUCCGACCAUUGGACUCCGUCCCCAGCCUAGGCAAGGCGUUCCUCUUCACGGCCCGGAGUAGGCUCUGUGCAGCGCUGAUGCAAAAGGGUAGCGAGCACCCACGGAUGUUCCGCAUGCACCUGGGGCCAAAGACUGCUUGCGUGGUGACUCACCCGGAGAUAGCCAGAUCGGUGCUGACGCGCCCGAAGGACUUCAUUAAGAGAGAGAUCCCACGGAACCCGGCAAGUGCUCUCCAGACCCUGCUCCACUGCAACAAGGACGGCACUUACAGCAUUGGCUUUGCCAACGGCAAGGACUGGGCCGUGCUGAGGGAGCCCGUUGCGCCAGUCUUCGAGAAGCAAGCCCUGCAGAAUCUCCUGCCCAAGUUUAACGACAGCUCUGAAAAGCUUCUGGAAACAUGGAGGGGCGCAGACGAGGUGGAUGCCAAGCAGGACAUGUCCCGUUUCGCUCUGGACGUGCUUGGAUCGGCUGUGCUGGGCCAGAGCUUUGGCGCCAUUGAUGGUUCCUUUACUGACACCUACGCCCACUACCAGUAUAUCAUGGCCGAGCAGAGCAACCCCAUCUACAUGUCCUUCCCCUUCAUGGAGCGCCUGCCCACCUCUCGCAACCGACGCCUGAGGCAGUCAGUGCAUCAUUUGCACGGCGUCCUGCAAGGUGCAAUAGAUGCCCGCGUCCAGCUGCGUCGGGAGCAGCAGGCAGCAGGCACUCUUUCGGAGGAGCCACAGGACAUGCUUGACAUGCUGCUCGGUCCGGGCGUAGAUGUGCCCAAAGAUGGAGUUCUGCCGAAGGAGGGAUCCUUGGUGCCACUGCUGUACGUCUUCUUCCUCGCCGGGCACGACACCACCGCGGUCUCCCUCGCCUGGCAGAUGUACUUCCUGGCGAAGUAUCCUGAGGUCCAGCAGAAAGCUCGAGAAGAGGUUCAGGGGAUUCUGGGUGGUCGGAAAGAUCCCACGGUUGAGGACCUGGAGAAGGUGCCCUACCUGUCUGCUGUCAUCAACGAAGGCCUCCGCAUCCGUCCGCCGCUCUUCAACCUCUACACUCGGCAAGCAGCCCACGAUACAGAGCUCGAUGGCGUCUUCAUUCCGGGGGGGACGCACAUUUCGCUGCACAUCGCUGCCAUCAACAAGCACCCCGAGGUUUGGGGGGAAGCGGAAGACUUCAACCCGGAGCGAUUCCUUCAGGAAAAGCAGCCGAGGGUCUUCCACAACCUCCCGUUUGGCGCGGGACCUCGCCGUUGCAUCGGUGACAAGUUCUCCUUGAUGGAGCAGAAAUCUCUCUUGAUGAAGCUCCUCACGCAGUACAAGGUUCUCCCGCACGAGGACACAGUCGACGGCGAGGAGAACUUUACCUCCAGCAUGCUCGGAAUGCUCUUCCUGCAACCAGAGGAGAUGAAGGUCCGAUUGCAGCCUGUGCAGUGA